AUGGACUCCGAGCCUGCAAUUCAAUGCUUGCAAAUGCCGUCAAAUCAAAGCUGGACUACUCCUUUGGUGAGUGGAAUAGUUCCCUUAAGUCGACAACAAUUUCAAGCCGUUAAUGAUAAUGGCAAGAUAUACAUGUAUGUUUAUCUCUGGCUAUAUAUAGGAGGUAUAAAUGUUAAUAUGUCUGAGAUUCCGAUUUAUAAUACUACUGAAGGAAUCUGGUCUUCAUUGGUUGCUGUUGGUGACACUAUAGGACCUAGGGCUUGUCACUCAGCAGUAUUGACUCCAGAUGGAUAUGUAAUCGUAUACGGUGGAAUUGAAAAUAAUAAGGCUCCAGAACCAUUGUUAGCUACGUUAGAUACAAAUACAAAUCCUUAUAAAUAG